GGGGAAAUGGCGUCCCUACCCAUCUGCCCUUCCUCCAUCCUCCCAUGGCCGCACCGCCCAGCCUCCCUCUCCUUCCACCCCAAGAACCCCUCCUCCACCUCGCCCACCGCCGCCCAUGUCUCCGUCUCCGUCUCCGUCCAGGCGGACUCGCCGCCCCAGGACCCGCCGCCUCUCUCCGACCCCACCCAAAACACGCGCUUCCUCUGGGUCAACCCCAACAGCCCGCGCGCCGCCGAGCUGGCCCGCGCGCGGGCCGGAUCCGCCCGCCGCGCGCGCCUCGCGUCCGCCGCCGCCGCGCUCGCCGCGUGCCACCCCUCCUCGCCUGCCAUCGCCGCCGCGCUCUCCGCCGCCUUCCCCGACACCCCCUCCGAGCAGGACGCCGUCAUCGUGCUCAACACCGCCCCCGCCAACCACGUCCCCGCGCUGCGCUGGUUCCUCCAGCACGCGGCGGUCCGGAACAGGACCAUCCUCUACAACGUCGUCUUCAAGGCGCUGCGCAAGGGGCGCCGCUGGGGCGAGACCGAGGCUCUCUGGGCCGAGAUGACGGCGGCGGACGACGCCGUCCAACCGGACAACGCCACCUUCUCCACCGUCAUCGGCUGCGCGCGGGCCUGCGGCCCGCGCGGCAGCGCCCUGGAGUGGUUCGAGAAGAUGCCGGACGCCGGGUGCGCGCCGGACACGCUCACCUACUCGGUCGUCAUCGACGCGUGCGGCCGCGCGGGGGACGCGGAGACGGCGCUGCGCCUCUACGACCGGGCGCGGGACGAGGGGUGCCGGCUAGACCCCGUCAUCUGCGCCACGGUCAUCCGUGUGCACUCCGCCAGCGGCAACUUCGACGGCGCGCUCAACGUGUUUGAGGAAAUGAAGGCCGUCGGCGUCGCGCCGAACCUCGUCGUGUACAACACCGUGCUGGACGCCAUGGGCCGCGCCAUGCGGCCGUGGGUGGUGAAGACCGUCCACAGGGAGAUGGUCGGCCAGCAGGUGCGGCCCAGCAGGGCGACCUACUGCUGCCUCCUGCAGGCGUACGCCAGGGCGCGGUAUGGCGAGGACGCGAUGGCCGUGUACCGGGUGAUGAAGGACGAGGCCAUGGACGUCGACGUCGUGCUGUACAACAUGCUCCUUUCGAUGUGCGCCGACAUUGGGUAUGCCGAGGAGGCCGAGGAGAUCUUCAGGGACAUGAAGGCGUCCGUGGAUACCCGGUUCAGGCCUGAUAGCUGGACCUACUCGUCGAUGGUCACGCUGUAUUCCUGCACCGGCAAUGUCCUGGGUGCGGAGGGCAUACUCAAGGAGAUGAAGGAGGCGGGCUUCAAGCCGAACAUCUUCAUCCUCACCUCGCUCAUCAGGUGCUACGGCAAAGCGGGGUGCACCGAUGACGUGGUCAGGGCAUUCGGCAUGCUCGAGGACCUCAAGAUCACGCCCGACGACCGGUUCUGUGGCUGCCUUCUUACCGUGGCAGCGGAUACCCCGGUUGAGGAACUGGGCAAGGUGGUUGACUGCAUCGACAGAAGCAAUGCCCAGCUUGGCGCCGUGGUAAAGCUCCUGGUGGACAGGAAAGCUUCCACUGAAUCCUUCAAGGAGGCUGCCAGGGGCGUUCUCAGCGCCGCCCGUGGUGUGGUGAAGAUGCCCUACUGCAACUGCUUGCUGGACCUGUGCGUGAACCUUGGCCAGAUGGAGAAAGCCUGUGCGCUCCUCGACGCCGCGCUGCAGCUCGACAUCUACAGCAACGUGCAGACUAGGACACAGGUGCAGUGGUCGCUGCACCUCAGGGGCCUCUCGGUUGGUGCCGCCCUGACCACGCUCCAUGUCUGGAUGAACGACCUGUACACCACGCUGCAGAACGGCGAAGAGCUGCCACCGCUGCUUGGGAUCCACACAGGAGAGGGGAAAAACAUGUACUCCGGCAAGGGGCUGGUUUCAGUGUUCGAGUCGCAUCUCAAAGAGCUUGACGCGCCAUUCCAUGCGGCUCCGGACAAAGCCGGCUGGUUCUUGACGACGAGUGUUGCAGCUAAGCACUGGCUGGAGGCCAAGAAGUCGUCAGAACUAGUGGGCGUCUAAACUGCACAAUCUAGGAGUUAUAUACAUAGGAUUUAUUUGUUUUUUGAUUUGGCAAUCUAUGGGUGUUCUGAAAUCCUCGUAUUUCCGCCCUUCUUUCUGUUGAUAGAUACACAAUUGCUUCCAUUUUCUGUUGCAUUUCAUGACUGAUGAAGAAUAUCAGUUCGAGCUCCUCGUUCAGUA